AUGUUUCACGCCUUGGUAGCAGGGACCAUUGUCUUCCCUGGCCUCUUCCUGUUGUCCAAGAACAGCCUCAAGUGGCUACCGGGCCUGCGAUGGGAGGAGGCUGACGCGGUCAUCGUCUCAGCCAGACUUGUCUCCUCAGUGCAGGCCAUUAUGGCUUCCACAGUUGGCUACAUCAUCUCAUCAUCCUGCAAGCACAUUAUCGAUGACCAGCACUGGCUGACUUCCAACUAUACCCAGUUUGCAGUCCCUUACUUCAUCUAUGAUAUCUACGCUAUGUUCCUGUGCCAUUGGCACAGGUACCAGGUUAAAGGGCAUGAGUCAAGAUGUGUUGAGACCCAGAUGCUGCACACUGCCACCCGUGCCUACUUGCACAAGGAAUUACUGAUGGUGAUUCACCAUCUUUUCAUGGUGUUGGUUUGCUUCCCUGUGUCUGUGCUGUGGCGUCAAGGCAAAGGUGACUUCUUCCUGGGUUGUAUGUUGAUGGCUGAACUUAGCACUCCUUUUGUCUGCCUUGGGAAGGUUCUCAUCCUGGUGAGUAUCACCCACUACUGA